AUGUUUUUGAAGAUCAGACCUACUCCAGAAAGCAUUAUAAAAACAGAAAUAUGUGUAAAAUUCUUAUCAAAUCAAGCGGCAUCACUUAAAAAUGUAAUAGAAGAGGAGCCUUCUGGACCUUCCAUGAAAACUUCAAUCCCAGGACCAAACAGUUUAGAAUUAAUGAGUAAAUUAAAGAAUGUUUAUAAUUUGGGAGCGAUUCAAUAUAUCGUCAACUACGAGAAAUCUAUUGGAAACUACAUAAUAGACGCCGAUGAUAAUGUAUUGUUGGAUACCUUCACGCAAAUUUCCACCCUACCAAUUGGAUACAAUCACCCUGCUCUAAUGGAGUCCUUUAAAAACCAAUCAAAUUUGAGAUCUAUGAUUAACCGACCUGCCCUAGGUGUUUAUCCAGGAGUGGACUGGCCGAAGAGAAUGGAAAACAUCCUGAAACAGGUGUCUCCCAAGCUAUCAAAAAUUACUCCUAUGAUGUGCGGCGCUUGCUCUAACGAAAACGCAAUUAAAUCGGCUUUCAUGGCGUAUAAAGCUAGAGAAAGAGGCGCUAGAGAAUUUACUGAAGACGAAAAAAAUUCCAGCAUUAUGAACCAACGUCCCGGAUGCCCUGAUUUGUCCAUUUUGUCCUUUAAAGGCGCCUUUCAUGGUAGAACUAUCGCCACAUUGUCUUGUACUCACUCGUUGUAUAUUCAUAAAAUGGAUAUUCCGAGCUUCCAAAAUUGGCCUAUUGCGACGUACCCGCUAUAUAAGUAUCCUCUGGAAGAGAAUGAAAGGGAAAAUAAAGAAAUAGACAAGAGUUGUUUAGAAGAAGUCGAAUAUUUAAUUGAAAAAAACAAAAAUAUUUGUCCUGUCGCCGGCAUCAUAAUCGAGCCCAUUCAAUCUGAAGGCGGAGACAAUCACGCUUCACCGGAUUUCUUCAGAAAUCUUCAAGCUAUAUGCAAGAAACACAGCGUCAUCCUCAUAAUCGAUGAAGUGCAAACUGGCUGCGGACCAACCGGCAAAUUCUGGUGCCAUGAACACUUCGAUCUGCCGCAUCCUCCCGAUAUUGUCACCUUCAGUAAGAAGAUGCAAAUGGCUGGAUUCUUCCAUUCCGAAGAAACAAUGCCUGAACAACCCUCUCGAAUUUUCAACACGUGGAUGGGCGAUCCGGGAAAGACUAUACUGUUAGAAACGAUUCUCGGGGUGAUGAAGAGCGAAAAUUUAUUAGACCAAGUCCAACGAUCUGGAAAACGGUUGUAUUCGGGACUCGAAAAAUUGCAAAACGAGUUUCCAGAGCUGCUUCACUCGUUAAGAGGUCGUGGGACGUUCAUUGCUGUCAAUGCUCACGGGCGUCCGCUUAGGGAUACAAUUAUAAAUAAUUUAAAAAAGAAUGGGGUACAAAGUGGUGGUUGCGGACAAGAGGCGAUCCGCCACAGACCAGCACUGAUAUUUCAAGAACGUCAUGUCGAUAUUUAUCUGGAUAUACUGAGAAAAAUUCUUAAGGAAAUCAGUGGACGCAAUUAA